GAUUCUUUUGAUUGUAAAGAUGAGGAGUCUACUUUUUCUGGUGCUGAUUUCUAUCUGCUGGGCUGAACCUCACCCUGACAACUCAAGUCUGGAGCAUGAAAGUAUUAUUCACAUUCAAGAAGAAAAUGGACCCCGUCUACUUGUGGUAGCAGAACAAACUAAAGUCUUCACGCACCGGGGUGGCAAUGUCACACUGCCAUGUAAAUUUUACCAUGAACACACAUCAACAGCUGGCUCAGGAACCCACAAAAUCCGGGUCAAGUGGACCAAACUCACCUCAGAUUACCUCAAAGAAGUGGACGUCUUUGUUGCAAUGGGACAUCACAGAAAGAGUUACGGAAACUACCAGGGCAGAGCAUUUCUAAAGGAAAGCAGCGAGAAUGAUGCCUCUCUUAUAAUCACAAAUAUCAUGCUAGAGGAUUACGGGAGAUACAAGUGUGAGGUGAUUGAAGGAUUAGAGGAUGAUACAGCAGUGGUAGCUCUGAAUUUAGAAGGUGUGGUAUUCCCGUACUCUCCACGGCUGGGGCGGUACAACCUGAACUUCCACGAGGCCCAGCAGGCGUGCCGGGGCCAGGAAGCCGUCAUCGCCGCCUUCGACCAGCUCUACGAGGCCUGGGUCAGGAAUUACGGCUUCUGGAAUAAAAAUAAAAGCAGAUACGAUGUUUUCUGUUUCACUUCGAACUUCAAUGGUCGGUUUUACUACCUAAUACACCCAACCAAGCUGACCUACGAUGAAGCUGUUCAGGCUUGCUUGAAGGAUGGGGCACAGAUUGCUAAAGUUGGCCAGAUAUUUGCUGCCUGGAAACUGCUAGGAUAUGACCGCUGUGACGCUGGCUGGCUGGCUGACGGCAGCGUCCGCUACCCAAUCUCUAGGCCAAGAAAACGCUGCAGCCCUAAUGAAGCAGCAGUUCGCUUUGUAGGCUUCCCUGAUAAAAAGCACAAGCUGUAUGGUGUCUACUGUUUCAGAGCAUACAACUGAAAAUACCUAGAGCACAACAGUUUUAAAUUCAUUAAGAACAUGUGAAAGAUUUCUUUUUCGAUAUGAACUCAUGCAAGUUACCAAAACUGUGAUAAACCUUUUUUACUUACUGUAAGAGUCAUUUUCAUAAACCCAACCCAUUAAUUUGUUUUUUUUAAUAUUUUUGUAAAAGUAUCAUUCCAUAGAUAUUUUAAAUUAAUAUAAUUUAAUGGAAGCUCUAGGUAAGGAAGCUUUAGAGCCAAAUUCUUUAAGCUACAUCAUCCCAUACUUUUCAUGAAUGGGGCAUGCAAUAGAGCUUGACAAUUGCUAGGACUCAUUUGCAGAAUGUAAGGCUACUCAAAGCAGAAGCUUUUACAAGCACAAAUUUUACACAUUUGUACUAGUUUGAGAUAUACCGCAAAUUAAUUAUAUCUGCAGUUUUGAAGAUAAUCUUUUGCUAAUAAAGGGUCAGUGAGGUUUUUCAAAAAAAAAAAAAGAAAGGAACUGUUUUCCAAUGAGAACAAUACACAAUUUAAUAAAAGCAACAUUUAAAGCAGUCCACCAAAAUAGGGCAUGUUUAACCAUUUAAAAACUUGCCUUUCUGAAAAAAAAGCUCAUGAUCCCAUACAUAGCAACAAGCACAAUUCUGAACAUUUCAAUUGUGUUUUUAUUGUCUAUAAAACAUCGAUGAGGGGUUGAAUAAUUAACUAAUGAGAAAACUCUGUUUUCUUCUGAACUCACAUUAAAGAUACCUGAGAAGUAUUGUAUUACCUUUGAGUAGCUUUACUGAGUUAUUUUUAAACUCUUAAAGGCCAUUUGCUAAGCAGCAUAUAGCAUCUACUCAGGGCAGUUGUAUAAAUGAACUGCUGGACAGAAAAACUGUAAACUUUAGCAGCUUGAUUUUACAUUAGCCUUUGAAAUGUUAUUGUCUUAAUGAAAGAACAUUCAAAUAUUUAAUAUUUCUUUCCUAUUUACACAUCACAAGAAUAAACAUUGGGAAAAACAUUAAAAUGAUAAAGUCUUAUAACAAGAUUAUUAAAUAAGAAGCUGAAACCAUCUAUUUAUGUUUAGAGGAGAAAAAACACUUUCUUUCCUCUCUUACAUUUCAUUUUUAUCUAGAAGAAUUAUUUAGUUAAAAAUUUUCACAGGAAAAUUAUUGAAAUUCUUCAUUUCACUAAUUCCACAAUGGUCUAGGUGGAAUAUGUUUACCUGUAUCUGCCAGUGUCAGAGAUAAACAUGCACUGCGCACAGUGCCUAGGAUUUUCAGAGCUGCCUAAAGCACUAAGUCCUCCCUAAAUGCCAAACUGAGGGAAUCUGGAUUUCUGAUGCAAACUUAUUUUGGAUGCAGCAGUUCUCGGUGCUCAUCUUCAGAUACCUUAUUGCAACCAGUUUUAAAAGAGUGGGUGCUCAAGGCUUUCUGAAAAUCUACUCCACUUACAGUGUCUCCAGCUGGAUAUCCAAAAAUAAAUAAAUAAAUAAAAAGAGGCCACUGAUUAAAAACAUCUUGGUCUUGAGUAAUCUCUUAGGCAGUUUUGAAAUUCCUUCUCCAGUAUUGGUUCUACCACUUAAAAACUUAGAGCUUUUUUCCUACUCUGUGCUUACUGACUAUGAAGAUUUCAGAGGACCAAUAUUUGUAUUACAUAAAGUUUUAUAGCUUCCCAUUGUUUCCAUAUCUAAAUGAGAUAUAGGAGUACUAUCCAAGUAGGGCACAACUGGUAUGCUUUCAUGAAUGCUUUUGUGUAGUUACUUUCCCAUGGACGUGAGUAAAUAAAUCUGUUUCUCGAAAUGGUUGCAGUCCCACUGUAAAACUCUGGAUAAACCGUGAAGAAUAUAUGAGAGGAUUGUAGUAGAAAGCUACCCUAGUGCGAGAGGUAUUACACUGGAGUUCGUUCCCAUCGAGCUCGGAGGCAAAUCUCCAUCCUGCUGAGUUGCUGCCAAUAUGGAUAUUUGCUUAUACUGUACAGAUGAAGCAAUCUCAGUGCCAAAACUCCC